AUGGCAGCUAAAAUUCAUCUGAUUAUUGCUGCUCUCCUUGCUUUGUCUACCUCUCGUGUAGUAUGGGAUCUGAUCCUAGUCCACUUCAAGACUUUUGCGUCGCCGAUAACAGCUCCAAAGCUCCUUGUUCUCUCUUACGUCGACUUCGACCCUCGCAGACUUAACCCACCCCACACUCACCCUCGCGCCACUAAGAUCCUCACUGUGCUAGAAGGAGAGCUCUAUGUUGGUUUUGUGACAUCCAACAUCAGCCAAACCAACCACCUUUUCACCAAGAUUCUGAAGAAGGUCGAUGUGUUUGUGUUCCCUCAAGGCCUUGUCCACUUCCAAUUCAACGAUGGCCAUACAAGAGUUGUUGCAAUCGCUGCUCUAAGAUGCCAAAAUACCGGUACCAUAACCAUUGCCAAUGCAAUUUUUGGCUCAAAACCCCCCAUAUCUGAUGAAGCUCUCACUAAGGCAUUCCAAGUAGAUCAAAAGACUGUCGAUCGACUUCAAGCUCAGUUCUGA